UUAUGAUGGCCGGAACAAAGGCACUUCUCAUCCUGGAAAACUUCAUAGGUGGAAAGUUUUCACCUUGUAACUCAUAUAUAGACUCUUACGACCCGUCUACAGGGGAAGUGUACUGCAGAGUGCCAAACAGUGGGAAAGCAGAGAUCGAGGCAGCAGUGGAGGCGGCCCGGGGGGCCUUUGAGGCCUGGUCGGCGCGGAGCGCCCAGGAGCGCGCGCAGGUCCUGAACCGCCUGGCCGAUCUGCUGGAGCAGAACCUGGACGAGUUCGCGCAGGCCGAGUCCCGAGACCAAGGAAAAACCUUAACACUGGCAAGAACCAUGGACAUCCCCCGGUCCGUCCAGAACUUCCGCUUCUUCGCUUCGUCCAUUCUUCACCACACGUCAGAGUGCACGCAGAUGGAUCACUUGGGCUGCCUGCACUACACCGUGCGCACCCCGGUGGGCGUCGCUGGCCUCAUCAGUCCUUGGAAUUUGCCACUCUACCUGCUGACCUGGAAGAUAGCACCAGCGAUUGCUGCUGGGAACACUGUGAUAGCCAAGCCCAGCGAGCUGACUUCGGUGACCGCAUGGAUGCUGUGCAAACUGCUGGAUAAAGCAGGGGUCCCACCAGGUGUGGUCAACAUUGUCUUUGGAACUGGGCCCAGCGUUGGUGAGGCCCUGGUGUCCCAUCCAGAGGUACCCUUGAUCUCUUUCACGGGGAGUCAGCCCACAGCCGAGAGGAUCACACAGCUGAGUGCCCCUCACUGCAAGAAGCUGUCCCUGGAGCUGGGAGGCAAGAACCCUGCCAUCAUCUUCGAGGAUGCCAACCUCGAAGAAUGCAUUCCGGUUACUGUCAGGUCCAGCUUUGCAAACCAGGGUGAAAUCUGCCUCUGUACCAGUAGAAUCUUUGUCCAGAGGAGCAUCUACAGUGGCUUUUUGAAGAAGUUUGUGGAAGCUACUAGAAACUGGAAAGUCGGCAUUCCCUCUGAUCCGUCAGCAAGCAUGGGGGCAUUGAUAAGUAAAGCCCACCUGCAGAAAGUCAGAAGUUACGUCGAGAAAGCUCGUGCUGAAGGGGCUCGAAUUCUGUGUGGCGAGGGGGUAGAGAAGUUGAGCCUGCCCCCCCAAAACCAGGCUGGCUACUUCAUGCUUCCCACCGUAAUAACAGACAUUAGGGAUGAAUCCUCCUGCAUGAAGGAAGAGAUAUUUGGCCCGCUGACCUGUAUUGUCCCCUUCGAUAGCGAAGAAGAAGUGAUUAAAAGAGCCAACAGUGUUAAAUAUGGCCUGGCAGCUACUGUGUGGUCCAGGGAUGUGGGGCGCAUCCACCGCGUGGCCAAGAAGCUUCAGGCAGGCUUGGUCUGGACCAACUGCUGGCUCAUCCGGGAGCUGAACCUCCCCUUUGGAGGGAUGAAGAGUUCUGGGAUAGGGAGAGAAGGAGCGAAGGACUCCUACGAUUUUUUCACUGAAAUCAAAACCAUCACUGUCAAACACUGA